AUGUAUUUUUUAUUAUUUUUAAUUAUUUUUGUCGAUAUUUCUCUUGGUAAAAAAGAAUAUUUAAAACAAAAGAAGCAAUCUUGCAGUAUGCCUUCCUCCCAAGGAAAGUCUUUAAUGGCCCAAUUACUUAAAGAAUAUGACAAAGCAACUAAGCCAAGUGGAGGAAUUCUUGAUGUUCAGGCUGAGGUCACAAUUCAAGAUAUAAGUUCAAUAAGCGAAAUAAGUUCUUCGUUUAUUGUUGAUCUUUGGUUUUCACAAAUUUGGGCAGAUCCUCGAUUAGCCUAUUCACAUUUAAGUUGCAAAAGUAAUUUGUCAUUAGACGAAUCUUUGGUUCAGAAAAUUUGGACUCCAAACCUUUGCUUUACAAACAGGUUUGGUAGAAGAUAUCCUCAAAAAUAUUUAUAUUAUUUUUUUAGUCAAAAUACAUAUAUCCACAGUUCUCCAGAAUCAAAUAUUUUAUUAAUUAUUUACAGUAAUGGAACUGUUUGGUUAAAUCACAGAAUUAGAGUUCAAGGUCGCUGUACAAUGGGUGAUGGAUUUGCUAAUUUCCCUUUAGACACCCAAAGCUGUUUUUUAGUUUUGGAAUCUUGUGGGUAUCCAAUAGCAGAAGUUAGACUUUCUUGGCUUAAUUGGAAUCCUGUAAGUGUUGCUAGCGAGAAACUUCAAUUACCUGAUUUCCGUUUUGUUAAUUUAACCUACACUCGAUUACUUAGAAGAUAUAAUGCUGGGGCUUUUGAUCAAUUAUUAAUUAAUUUUGAAUUUAAACGUUUAUAUGGCUAUUAUGUUGUACAGGCUUAUUUACCUUCAUAUUUAUUUGUUUUUAUUUCCUGGAUAAGUUUUUGGAUUGAUAGAUAUGCCUUACCUGCACGUAUACUUUUAUGUGUAAAUGCAGCUUGUGCUCUUAUUUAUCAAAUGGGGAAUGUUGUACAGAAUCUUCCGAGAGUUUCUUAUUUAAAAGCUUUAGAUUUAUUCUUUUUUGUUUCAAUAUUCUUUAUAUUUAUGUCUUUAUGUGAAAUGGCUAUAAUUGGCUAUUUUGAUAAAAUUUAUGAAAUAGACCAAUAUCGAAAAGCUAAAAGCCAAAGAAGAUUUCGUUCUCUUUUAAUGGGACAAACAGAUCAAACAAUGAUGGUUGCAUUAAGAGAAAGUAACAACAAUAAUAACAAUGAAAAUGAUGGUUAUUAUACAACAUUUCGAGAAGAUUUAGCUGGCCGAUAUCAAAAUGCUAGAGGUUCUGUUGUAAAUACCUACAAACAUGGAGAGAUGGGACACAAAAUAGAUUUUUUCUGUGCUCGUGCCUUUCCUUUAAUUUUUUCAGCAUUUAAUAUUUUUUAUUGGUCAUAUUAUUUAACUAGAUAA